AAUAUGCCAAACGAUUUAUGCUGCACAUCUGAAGAAUCGUGUGUUACAUUUCCUCUUUUUAAAAUAUUUGUACAAGAACAAAGCGAUCAUAAAAUAUCACGUAAACAUUACAGCGAGAAGAUAAGCGGAAGAAAUACAGGGACUUUGCUGAUAAGAUAACAAACCAAAGAUAAGAUUAGAGAACGAGCUCGGGCAACGGAGCGGCGACCAGAGGAGCCUAACAAGAGGAGCCUAACAAGCCUUCUGUGCCGUUCUCUGUAACAACCCUUUGCACCCUCGCCUCUUUUUGGUAAUUGAAAGCACAGAAGAACACAAGUAAUUGCAGCUACGAUGCGACGUCUUGGGAGCAAGCGUGGAGCGCGGCCAGCGGAGGCGGAGGCGGAUGUCCUCGCAAUGGUGACGGCGUCCGACUGAAGGUCAGAGGAGUUUCAGCCCCACAGCAUCCGCCCUUCAAAAUCGGCCAAUCAGCAUCGGCCCUUCAAAAUCGGCCAAUCAGCAUCGGCCCUUCAAAAUCGGCCAAUCAGCAUCGGCCUUCAAAAUUGGCCAAUUGGCAUCGGCCCUUCAAAAUCGGCCAAUCAGCAUCGGCCCUUCAAAAUCAGCCAAUCAGCAUCGGCCCUUCAAAAUCGGCCAAUCAGCAUCGGCCCUUCAAAAUCGGCCAAUCAGCAUCGUCCCUUCAAAAUCGGCCAAUCAGCAUUGUCCCUACAAAAUCAGCAUCAUCCCUACAAAAUCAGCCAAUCAGCAUCAUCCCUACAAAAUCAGCCAAUCAGCAUCAGCCUUUUAAAAAUUGGCCACUCAGCAUCGACCCUUCAGCAUGGAGCAAGACCUGACCUGCGGCGUGUGCUCGGAGUUGUAUUCGGAGGGUCAGCGGGAGCCCGUGUUGCUGCCCAACUGCGGCCACUGCUUCUGCCGCCCCUGCCUCCUCAGCCUCGAGAAGAACGGCUGCCUGGAGUGUCCCUUCUGCAGGAGACUUAAUGAUAGCGUCCCAGUGCUGCAGCUUCCGGUGGUGUUCGCUCUCCUUGGUCUCAGCAAGUACUUCCGGCGUUCAAAGCACGGUCCCUGCGGCGUCCAUGGCUCCGUCCUGGAGUUCUGGUGCCGGAGGUGCCAGUCUGGCCUGUGUGGCCGCUGCCUAUUCGAGGGCCACGACCAGCGGUACGUCGUCCAAAUGGAGGUGAUCAUCGAGGAGAAGAAGUCUCUGGCGCAGAGGAGAGGCCUGCAGAAGCUCGGCCGCAUUAACGCCAAGAAGGCAGAGGCGAUGGGGAGGGUGACGGAGGGCCUCUUCCGCCUGGCCGCCGUGUGCCUGGAGGCCGAGGCUCUGAGCGCCGCGGAGCGAGUCACCAAGCAGGCGAUGGACGGUGCCCAGAACGCCCUCGACGUGGACUCAGUCCUGCAAUGCCUUCAGCGCCUGGAGCAACGCCACGAGGGCAGGGAUGACUCGCCUUCUGCCUCUGGGAGUCCGUGCAAAGCUUCCGUCCUACAAGGAAAAGAGGAACAGGAGAAGUUAGAAAAAGUCGAGCAUGGCAGCACAACGGCUCGAAGAGGGAUUCGAAGGCUCCACAGGAACAGCAGAUCAAUUUCUCUGGAUGACCGGCGAGGCCUAAAUAACAUAAUCAUAUGCGAUAGGCACAGAAUGCUGAGCGACGGCCAGGACCAGCGGACCGAGGCAGAUAAGUGCAACAGAAGCCUGAACAGAACAAGCAGCACUCCGGCGAACGAAGAGGUGAUUCCACCAGACCCUGAUUCUGCUCCAGAAGAAGGGGGAGGGACCACGAGUUCAUCACCGCCCGUGGCUGUAUCAGAAACUGCGGCAGACACGCCCACGCGGUCUCUGAGAUGCUUCGCCCUCAGCGAUGAUGGGCGUCAGGCGAGACUGAGGUGGGAAGGUGGAAGGCUGCACAUGUACGCUCUUUCGUCGCGCUGCGAUGACCCUCAACUCACGCUGCAGCUGUCUGUCGUGGAGUGCAUCCUGCAAGAGUCGCCCGAAGUGUUCCUUGACUUAUGCGCUGAGGGGCGUCGCCUCGGCCGCAUCUACAUCCGGCUCUGGGGCCACCUCCGCCGGGCUCGCCACUUCCUGGCCUUGUGCCUGGGCUCGCUCGGCCCGUCCUUCAGGGGCUCCAAGUUCAGCAAGGUGGAGAGCAAAGACAAGGCCGGGGAAUGCCUCCGCGUCAGCCACUACAUGAGCGCAGAGGGUGCGAUGAGCGCCAUGGGCCUGAUGGAGGGCCUCGAGUGGGGAGGGGACCACUGCCUGCCGAAGAGGGCCGGGCUGGUGGUGGCGGCCAGCGGGGGGAAGCCGGAGUACGACGGCUGCUUCGACAUCUGCACGCGAGACCACCCGGCCAAGAAGUUCUCGUGCCCCUUCGGAGAGGUAGCGGGCGGCGCGGAGGGCAUGGAGGUGGUGAGGGAGGCCGCCAGACACGAGCCCGUGACGGAGGUCUCCAUCAGUGAGGUCGGCGUCGUCCUCACAGACCAGCAGCGCUGUGAACACGUGUGAUUCUCCGCCUUCAGUCUUCACCACACACACGCCUCCAAGCAGUGAAGAUGGACAGGAAAACACAGAUUUGCUUCUCGCAUCACGCCUUUCAAUGUUUAUACACAAUUUAGGACUGAAGAAAAGCAGACCUAUGAGAACUGGAAAGAAAAUCACAUGAAUGAUAUGAAAUGACAAAG